CUCUCUGCUCGCGAGUGUGUGUCUGUGUGCUGGUCGUCGUCCGCGCCUGGUGCCUGCGUUCUGCUUGCGUUCUGAUCGCGCCACGCCGGAUUUCACGUAUUUCCGCCCCAACCAAAAUUUAUACAUUUAUUUCGGUUUCAAUACAAAAAAAAAAAUAUCUAUUAAAUUUUCCAAAAAAAAAAAAUUUAUUCUACACAAUUUUUUUGCUGUUUCAUUUCGCUCCGCUCCAGCGCCGGCAGAAAUUCUACCAUUGUGCUCUGACCAACCAAAGAUACCCGGUGCACAAUAUUCACGUGAUAGACGCCCAUCAUCGCCGGUACAGUUGCCGGUGAGACGACGGCCGCCCCUCACAGUGCAACCGGGGAACGCACCGAAGUGAUGGUGAACGGUAACUACCGUUAACGAAAACGACACACCGUCGCCUUGUCGACCCAAAGACGCCUGCAGUCCGUACCAACAGGUUUCCGAUCCGCCAAUAGAGGGAAAAUAAAUCACUAAAUAGCUACCGAAAAUUGUUCUUCUUGCUGUAAUACAGGAGUGUCAAUUCGUUUAAUUGUAUUGAACCAUAUUCAUGUUUACUGAACGCGGCCGUAAUCGGUAUUUAAGGAAUAUCCAGCAAAUAGACAAGAAUAAAAUAUGAAGACACUGUUCGGGGUCAAGGUGUUGGUGUCGACGUUUGGUGUGAGGAGUAAUAGCAGCAGCCGGCGCGUGGUAUCGCCGCUGCACGCCGCGGGCCGGUCUGGUGGAGCGCCGUGCGACGGCACCACCCGCCGUGGAUUCGUUGUAUGAAAGUGUCGAGCAGCAGUGGCAGAGUUUGUGUUGGAGGAGGCGUAAACGACAGCGGCGGCGACGGGGACGACAACGAAGCUGGAAGCCGCGGUGACGGCGGUGGCGGCGCGCCCUGCAGCCCCUGCAGUGACAACAGUGGCGGCAGGGGCCUGGUAGCCGGUGUGCUGGUCAGCGAUCAAGGCGAAGUGAUCAGCGACCGGUAUGUGGGAGUGGCGAGGCGUCAAUUUGCUUCACGCCAACCGUCCGAGCGCGGCUCGACCAAGGCCGACCAAAGCGACAGCGACGACGAGACCACGCUCAGGCAGAUGCUUGUGAGCUCAUACAUGGUGGAUGGUUUGCGCAGUUUGCAACACCAGGUGACGGACAUGAGCGCCAACCUAACGACUCGGCUGGACGAGCUGCAGUCGCGUGGGGUGUCGCCCAGCCCGGCCGCUGCCGCGUACUACGGCACCGAGCACAGAGGCCACGUGGAGACCAGUGUCGCGCUGUCCGAGAUCCGAACGCAGCUGCACGAGCUGACCAGGUCCUUGGAGUCGUGUCAGUCGGAAGUGACCGAGGUGAAGCGCGACAUGGUGGCCAUAAAGAACGAAUUGGACACGGUGCAGCAGGUCAAAGAGGAGAUCGAGGAGCUCCGAGAGUACGUGGACAGGUUGGAGCUACAGUCGCACCGCAGGAAGCUCAGGCUGCUCGAACAGGGGCUCACGUUUUUUUUAUCCUACACGAUCCUAGCGUCCAUGUUGGGCAUGCUUCAGUUCGGUUACAACACCGGAGUGAUCAAUGCACCCGAAGGGAACAUAGAGAAGUUCAUCAAGGAUGUAUUUGAAGACAGAUACAAAAAAAAUAUGGAUAGCGGUAGAGCCGAGCUACUGUACUCGUUCGCUGUGUCUAUAUUCGCUAUCGGCGGUAUGCUGGGCGGAUUUAGUGGCGGUAUAAUUGCCAACCGUUUCGGCAGGAAAGGAGGUCUGUUGUUAAACAGUUUUGUUGGCAUCGGUGGCGCCUGCUUGAUGGGUUUGACUAAGUAUUUCAAUUCCUACGAAGUACUGUUUGUCGGCAGAUUCAUUAUAGGAGUCAAUUGUGGUUUAAAUACAUCACUAGUGCCAAUGUAUAUAUCAGAAAUAGCACCGCUCAAUCUUCGAGGUGGUCUCGGCACUGUCAAUCAGCUGGCCGUGACAACCGGAUUGCUCAUAUCCCAAAUACUGGGUAUAGAACAAAUUCUGGGUACAGACGACGGCUGGCCUGUGUUAUUAGGAUUAGCUAUAUGCCCUGCCAUAUUACAAUUAAUUUUAUUACCCGUUUGCCCCGAGUCUCCUAGGUAUCUAUUGAUCACAAAACAGUGGGAAGAAGAAGCCAGAAAAGCUCUGAGGCGGCUACGGGCGACCAAUCAAAUCGAAGAGGACAUCGAAGAGAUGCGGGCUGAAGAACGUGCUCAACAGUCUGAAGCCACGAUAUCCUUGAUGGAGUUGUUGUGCUCUCCAACCCUCAGGCAGCCGCUGAUCAUUAGCGUCGUCAUGCAACUUUCGCAGCAGUUGUCUGGAAUAAACGCCGUGUUCUACUACUCGACUAGCCUUUUUAUAACAGCUGGUCUGGCCGAGAACGUGGCAAAGUUUGUGACCAUUGGUAUUGGUGUAAUUAUGGUGAAUAUGACGUUGGUUACAAUGCCGUUGAUGGACAAAACCGGACGACGGACGUUACACCUUUACGGCCUAGGUGGAAUGUUUAUAUUUUCCAUAUUUAUAACGAUAUCGUUAUUAAUCACGGAGUUUUUCGGUUUUGUACAGGAAAUGAUCGACUGGAUGUCGUACUUGGCCGUUGUGUCUAUACUCGGAUUUGUGGUGUUCUUCGCCGUCGGACCCGGAUCUAUACCGUGGAUGAUAACCGCCGAGCUUUUUAGCCAGGGUCCUAGGCCUGCAGCUAUGUCAAUAGCCGUGCUCAUCAACUGGGUGGCCAACUUUGCUGUCGGCAUAGGCUUCCAACCAUUAAAGACUGCAUUGGAUAAUUAUACAUUCCUACCGUUUAGUGUACUACUGGCAAUUUUCUGGAUAUUCACUUACAAAAAAGUGCCGGAGACCAAGAACAAAACGUUCGAGGAAAUAUUAGCUCUUUUCAGACAAAACGGCAGAGGAAGCGUUUUGGAAUCAAGCCGCUUGUACGGGAGUUUGUUAAACUAUUCGAACACGUUAGACGAACAUUUACCGCCCUCCGAAAGGGCGUCAUUAAUGGUGUCCGAGGAGAAACCUUUGCCUGACUCAUCACCAGUACAACACUCCCCGACGGACCCGGAGGUGUGUGCUGUAUGCGUCAACACUGGCAGUUCCCUCAUGAUGACGUCUCCGAACGUAACUCGCCGGUCGAGUCACACGCUCAGUAAUCACGUUUGCCAAAUGGAUUAAAUUUUUAUUAUUAUUAAUUAAUGUAUGAAGAUGAAAACUGAAAUAAUUUUUUUUACUUACACAAAGGCACUUACAUAUUUACAUAAACGUACACGAUAAAAGUGUAUGCAUAACAUUUUUCAUACUUAGUGAUAUAGAGGAUCAAGUAUACACAAUAAUAUAUACAUACCUACCCCAACGUCGAUAUUAACAACUAUAAUAGGCUUCUAAUAACUUGUUCAUAUAUUCCCAUAGUUUUAAACCUAUCCACCAAACGUCUAUUGACUGCUAAGACAUCAUUAUAUUAUUUCCCCCCCUAAUUUCGAAUUUCCAAUUUGGCGGGUUCGAUUACCUGCUAAAGUCGACUAAAAGCAAAUAUUCUGUCAACUCUGAAACGUCAGUCGCUGGAAUUCAGUUGAUUCUUAGAGAAAUUAUUACUGUUAUAAAGAAAAAAAUAGAAAAACUCAUCCGACGACUACUCGCAAAUUAAUUAACUUCCUUGACUUUGCAAACCGACAUUUUAUGCUGAACAACAACUAAUGAACACAGUACAAGAUAUUUUGCUACAAUCAUACUCGAUCUUUAAGUACCUACGUUUUAUGAACAAAAAUAUAAAUACAGUGUGGCAUAAUAAUUAUACACAGCGUAAACAGUUUUAGUAAAUAACUGGAAGUUCGAAAACCAAUCCUUUUCUGUAAUAACAAUAUAUUAGAGCUAAAUAUGUAAAGUAACUGUAUCAGUUAUUACUCGAGAGAGCAUACUUAUCUUGCAUUUAGGGAUAAUAGUGAAUUCUGAGAAAGAAUUAGAAGUGUACCCAUUUAUUAUGGGAUAGCAUAUUAUAUUAUAAACUCAGCAAUACUGUCUACGUAUCGUUUUUGUUUGUUUUUUGUGUUUCGUUAAAAUUUAAGUACGCAUUCUUAUUGUAAAUACUGUUAUCGUUUCAUUGAAUAUAUUAUUAUUAUUAUAAAUUAUAUAUAUAUAAUAUUAACACAUAUUUGUUCAUCUGUAAAUAAUGACAAAAUUAUUCUUUUUUUUUUAUGUUACUAUGAAACAAAUAUUAAAACAAAGCUCAUGACGACUGAGAAUCCGGUUUAUGCGAUUUAUUAUACUAAUAAGAGGUUCACAUUCGUUGACUAUAAGUACUUAAGGAACAAAUAUUUUUCUCCCUAAUUAACUCCAUACAUUUUUUUCCAACUUUUUUUAUUUUACAAAAAUAAAUAACAUAAUAUAAUAUUGUAUUAUUAUUAUAGUCAAUUUUACAAUUAUAACAUUGUUUUAGAAUAUAUUAAUAUUAAAUAUUUAUUAUGAUUAGGUCUACUGGAUAAUAAUUAAUAAUAGGAGCCGUAUAUUUUUUUUCUCGAAAAAAAAAGACAAAAGUUAUAUCAGUGAACAAAUCCCAUUAUUGUUUUUUCCCCAAUUGUUGUACAAAUGAUACAAAAAUAAGUACUAAUUACCAAAAUGAUUUUAUUCUAAAUUUGUAGAUAUAUAUUGUUGAAUUUUAGUAAUUAGUAUUCAUCAAUGUUACUCAAAAAAUUACUGUGAAUGUGUAUCACAUUGUGUAUGCAUACAUAUAUUAUAAUUUCAUGCAUAAUUCUCUAUCUUUUGACUAAAACAAACAAAUUUGCA